UUUUGCUAAUCAGCUGGUUGACUGAGAUGAAACGGACGUAAACUUCAUCGUUUAGAAAACUUCAAAACGUCAAACAUGACAUCCAACAGCGGUAUUCGAAUCCCGAGCCGACUGCCUCUGCUCUUAACCCACGAAGGGGUCCUUUUACCAGGCUCCACGAUGCGGAUUAGUGUGGACACAGCAAGGAACAUGCAGCUAGUUAAGAGCAGGCUUCUGAAGGGGACCUCCUUGAAAAGCACCAUCAUCGGGGUGAUCCCCAACACUCGAGAUCCCGAGCACGAUACCGACGAUCUCCCAACCUUGCACAGGAUCGGCACGGCGGGGCUGGCGGUGCAGGUGGUGGGCAGUAACUGGCCGAAGCCUCACUACACGCUGCUGAUCACGGGGCUGUGCCGUUUCCGCGUGACGCAGCUGCUGAAGGAGCGGCCGUUCCCCGUGGGCGAGGUGGAGCAGCUGGACAACCUGGAGCAGUACGCCAGCGCAGACGCGGCCGACGCGGUCGCCGCUGAUGCAGGCGGGGAGCUCGGGGAGCUGUCACAGAGGUUCUACCAGGCCGCAGUGCAGCUCCUGAGCAUGUUGGACAUGUCUGUCCCUGUUGUUGCUAAGUUACGACGGCUGCUGGACAGUCUCCCAAAAGAGACUCUGCCAGAUAUCCUGGCUGCCAUGAUCCGCACGUCCAACAAGGAGAAACUUCAGGUUUUGGAUGCUGUGGGCCUGGAGGAACGCUUCAAGAAGACUCUUCCGCUGUUGACAAGGCAGAUCGAAGGCCUCAAACUGCUCCAGAAGACCAGGAAGCCCAGGCCAGACGAUGAUAAGAAGGUGCUGGCAGUGCGGAGGGGCGGGGUGUUUCCAGGGCGACCGUUCUCCCUGGAGGAGGAUGGUGAGGAAGAGGAUGGUGACGACACAGCCCUGCUGGAGAGGAAGGUCAGAGCGGCCAACAUGCCGGAGCCGGCCUUACGCGUGUGCCUCAAGGAGCUGAAACGACUGAAGAAGAUGCCUCAGUCAAUGCCGGAGUACGCUCUCACCCGAAACUACGUGGAGCUGAUGGUGGAACUUCCCUGGAGCAAGUCUACCACAGACUGCCUGGACAUCCGUGCAGCCCGUGUGCUGCUGGACAGUGACCACUACGCCAUGGAGAAGCUGAAGCGGCGUGUGCUGGAGUACCUGGCGGUGCGGCAGUUGAAGAGGGCCCUCAAGGGCCCCAUCCUGUGCUUCGUGGGGCCCCCCGGCGUGGGCAAGACCAGCGUGGGCCGCUCCAUCGCCCGAACCCUGGGCCGCGAGUUCCACCGCAUCGCGCUGGGAGGGGUCUGCGACCAGUCCGACAUCCGGGGCCACAGGCGGACCUACGUGGGGAGCAUGCCCGGUCGCAUCAUUAACGGUCUGAAGACGGUGGGGGUGAACAACCCCGUGUUUCUCCUGGACGAGGUGGACAAGCUGGGAAAGAGUCUGCAGGGAGACCCUGCUGCCGCCCUGCUGGAGGUUCUGGAUCCUGAACAGAACCACAGCUUCACUGAUCAUUACCUCAAUGUGGCCUUUGACCUCUCCCAAGUUCUGUUCAUUGCCACGGCGAACACCACGGCAACCAUACCCCCUGCCCUGCUGGACAGAAUGGAGGUGCUGCAAGUGCCAGGGUAUACCCAGGAGGAGAAGGUAGAGAUCGCUCAUCGUCACUUGAUCCCCCACCAGCUGGAACAGCAUGGCCUCUCUCCCCAGCAGCUGCAGAUACCCCAGGACAGUACCAAGGACAUCAUCAGCAGGUACACACGUGAGGCAGGCGUGCGGUCGCUGGAGAGGAAGUUUGGGGCAAUCUGUCGGGCGGUGGCCGUGAAAGUGGCAGAGGGGCACAAGGCGGCCAAACCCGACGCCCUGCCACCUGACCCCUCCCACACCGGGGGCGAGGUUGGAGUCCAUGAGCAGGAAGCCGGAGGGGCGGAGACUCUGGGGGACUCUGCUGAUUUGGCCCUGCCCCCUGAGAUGCCCAUCGUGCUGGACCGCCACGCCCUCAAGGACAUCCUGGGCCCACCCCUCUUUGAGAUGGAGGUGUCUGAGCGUCUGACCCUGCCGGGCGUGGCUGUUGGGCUGGCUUGGACUCCACUGGGCGGGGAGAUCAUGUUUGUGGAGGCCAGUCGCAUGGAGGGGGAGGGACAGCUGACCUUGACCGGCCAAUUGGGUGAUGUCAUGAAGGAGUCUGCCCAACUGGCCAUCAGCUGGUUGCGCAGCAACGCUAAGACCUACCAACUGACCAACCUAGCGGGCGGGGCAGAUCCUCUGGAGGGAACGGACAUUCACCUUCACUUCCCGGCGGGGGCUGUAACUAAGGACGGCCCCUCUGCUGGCGUCACCAUGGUAACGUGCCUGGCCUCGCUGUUCAGCGGUCGCCUUGUGCGCUCCGAUGUGGCCAUGACUGGAGAGAUCACACUGAGGGGCCUGGUGCUGCCGGUGGGCGGGAUCAAGGACAAGGUCCUGGCAGCUCACAGGGCGGGGCUAAAGCGCGUGAUCCUGCCCAAGCGCAAUGAGAAGGACCUGGAGGAGAUCCCGCCUCACAUACGGGCCCAGCUGGACUUCGUCUCGGCCCACUCGCUGGACGAGGUGCUCAAUGCUGCCUUUGACGGCGGCUUUCCCGCCGCCCAGGAACCCUUCACCCACCCGCAGAUCCUCAGCAAACUCUGAGGGCCUGCCCCCCCCCCAUGCCCCCCAAGAGAAAAAGAACUUAUUCGACGGACAGCCCCUUCCUCUCUAUUUCCCUAAUUGCGAAAUAAUUUUUCAGACCCUAAAGGUCUCCAGCUGAGGAAGAUUACAGUUUCUAAAUAAUAAAAAAAAAAAAGGAAAAAGGCCCUGUGCAAAAGUUUGGGAACCCUGUGGGUUAGUACUUUGUAACUCCUCCUCGGGCAACUAUAACAGCUUGUCAAGGCUUCCUGUAGCCAGCUAAGAGUCUCUCAAUUCUCUCUUUUGGAAUUUUCCCCAUUCUUCCUGGAAGAACGCCACUAGUUCAGAAAUAUUCUUCGGCCUUCUUGCAUGUAUGGCACGUUUGAGAUCUCUCCACAGAUUUUCAAUAAUAUUCUAGUCUGGGAACUAUGGUGCUCCAUUCCAAAACCUUCAUCCGUCUUUCCUGGAGAUACUUCAUGGUUGAUUUAGAGGUAUGCUUUAGAUCAUUAUCUUGCUGGAAUACCAAACCUCUUUUCAACUUUGAUGUCUGGACUGACCUUUGAACAUUAGCCUCUAGAAUUUCUUCAUAUUUGGUGGAAUCCCAAAUCCCAAAAUUUUGCACAGGACCCUUUUCCUUUUUUAUCAUUUAGAAACAGUUAAAAAUAAAAAUAAAAAGCAAUCUUGCUUGCUUAAACCAGGGGAACCCACAUUUUUGCACCCCACUUAAAAAUCUUAAAAAUCUGUUUCCUCAAUAACAGGAAAAUCAUUUCCCAGCUAAUAAACUCUUGGGUAAAGAAAUACUGGUUGAAAAGUGACCUUAUAAUAAGUAACUGAUAGAACUUAAUUUCUUUGUUUUUGUUUUGACUGCACUUAACAGCUUUUUCUCCACUUUAAUGUCGCACAUCACAAAUUUAGGGAUUUGGGGAUUCUAACACACCCACUAGUAGUUCAUUGAAGGAACUGUUUCGCCACAGCUGGGAGUGUGCUUUGAGUGCAGAAUAGCUCAAAAUGGCCACAGCGGUCUGUAUCAUAAUUGGGAUUUGUAAGUUGUGUGGCUCUGAUCAGCAGUGGUCUAAGCUUUAUGUGCCAGCAAGCUUAUUGUCUAUUUUGUGUCCUGAUUUGUUAAAUCACAAAUUUGGGUCUGUAAGAGUGUCAUUGCUAUGGUUACAUGAUUUACCUUUGUUUUAUUUAUUUUUUAAUUCCCCAUGACACUGCUCAGUGGCAGUGUCCUGUCAUUGGUGAGCUGGCUCUUGACUGUGAGGACCAACAAAAUGGAGUCACAGGUUAACAAAACGGAAUGGUCAACUGCUUGUUGGGAGGCACAAAAAAACAUUUCUGUCUAAAGAUGCCAGAUUUUAGUUUACAUCAACAAGGUUGUUGCAGUAAAACACCCAUCUGUUCUGAAAAGAGUAAAAUUACGUAUUUUAUGAAGGGACAUGAUUUACUUAAUGGAAAGGUUUGUAUUAUAUGCACCAAGAAUGCAUAGCAGUUAAUGGCACAGCAUUUGGAAUUGCUGGAGAUAUAAUAGUGCUGUAUAGUCCACUAAUAAAAUAAUGGAAAUAGUAAUGUAUUGUGUCCUUGGGAAGGUCAGGCUAUGAAAAGAAAUGAACACAUUCAACUGGAGUGGCUUGUGUAACCUUAAAACUGGUUUCUCUAAAUGAGUGAGAAAUUGAAUGUGAGAUUACACUUCACUCAGAAGUGGUAAAAGUGUUAUAUGAAUUUUUGUUGUUCCACUUCUCAAUAAAAGGCUGCAUUGGGCUGAAACCAC